CAGCAGACUGUCACUCAGAGGGAUCUGACUGUCCUUCUAAGUGAGCUCCCUUGCUCCUCGUUCUCUGUGCUCUCUCUUCUUUUCCCUCUGACACCCCACUCCGUCUCACCAUGACCUCUGUAACCAGAACCAGCUUCAGCAGCGGGGGCAGCAUGAGCGGCGGUGGCUUCAGCUCUGGCUUCAGCUCUGGCUUCAGCUCCAGCGGCGGCUUCGGCGGCGGCGGCGGCGGCGGCGGCAGCAUCAGGAGGAGCUUCACCAGCGCCUCUGCCCACGCCGCCCCCCUUGGCAGCAGCCGCAUCAGCACCUCCUCGGUCAGGCGCUCGGUUGUUGCGGGCGGUGGCGGGUACGGAAUGGGCAGCGGUGGUGGUGGCGGCGGCUUCAGCUACGGCAUUAGUGGCGGCGGAGGCGGCGGUGGCGGCGGCGGCGGCCUGGGACUGGGACUGGGACUGGGUGCGGGUUACGGCGGCGGUGCUGGCAUUGGGCUGGGUUUCGGUAGCGGUUUGGGCGGGGGUUUCGGUGGCGGUGCCGGCGGCUUUGUGGCCCCCAUCACAGCUGUUACAGUCAACCAGAGCCUGCUCGCCCCCCUGAACCUGGAGAUCGACCCCAACAUCCAGGUCGUCCGCACCCAGGAGAAGGAGCAGAUCAAGACCCUCAACAACCGCUUCGCCUCCUUCAUCGACAAGGUACGUUUCCUGGAACAGCAGAACAAGAUGCUCGAGACCAAAUGGAGCCUGCUCCAGGACCAGACCACUACCCGCUCCAACAUUGAUGGCAUGUUCGAGGCUUACAUCGCAAACCUACGCAGACAACUGGACAACCUGGGCAAUGAGAAGGUCAAGCUGGAGGGAGAGCUGAAGAACAUGCAGGGCCUGGUGGAGGACUUCAAGAACAAAUAUGAAGAUGAAAUCAACAAGAGAGCUGCAGUGGAGAAUGAAUUUGUCCUGCUCAAGAAGGACGUUGACGGUGCCUACAUGACCAAGGUAGAACUGGAAGCCAGAGUUGACGCUCUUCAGGAUGAAAUCAACUUCCUCAGGGCCAUCUAUGAAGAGGAGCUGCGUGAGCUGCAGGGCCAGAUCAAGGACACCUCAGUAAUAGUGGAGAUGGACAACAGCCGCAACCUGGACAUGGAUGCCAUCGUGGCCGAAGUGCGCGCCCAGUAUGAGGACAUCGCCAACCGCAGCCGCGCCGAAGCCGAGACAUGGUACAAGCAGAAGUUUGAGGAGAUGCAGACCUCUGCGGGCAAAUUUGGUGAUGAUCUGCGCUCGACCAAGGCCGAGAUUGCCGAGCUGAACCGCAUGAUCAGCCGUCUGCAGAACGAGAUCGAGUCCGUCAAGGCACAGCGUACCACCCUGGAGGCCCAGAUCGCUGAGGCCGAGGAACGCGGGGAGCUGGCAGUGAAAGAUGCCAAGCUCCGCAUCAAGGACCUGGAGGAAGCCCUGCAGAGAGCCAAGCAGGACAUGGCCCGCCAGGUGCGUGAGUAUCAGGAGCUGAUGAACGUCAAGCUGGCCCUGGACAUCGAGAUCGCCACCUACAGGAAGCUGCUGGAAGGAGAGGAGAUCAGACUGUCCUCUGGUGGAGCAACUGCUACUAUCCAUGUUCAGUCUUCUGGCGGUGGUGGCGGCGGCGGCGGUGGAUACGGCCUGGAGAGCGCUGGAGGUGGCUUCGGCUAUGGAUCGGGCGGCGGAAUGUCCCUGGCUCUGGGUGGCGGAGGUGGCGGCGGCGGCGGCGGUGGAUUUGGCUACGGCAGCGGCAGCAGCAUUUCCAUGAGCGGAGGCGGCGGAGGCUUCGGGGCCAGCAGCAUCGGAGGGGGAAUCUCCAUGUCCCGGUCCGCUGUGGUCUCCAGCUCCAGACGCCUUUACUAAAGACAACACCCUCCUCCCUCCUUCCCUCCCCCUUUCCUCUCCUCCCUCAGAACCUGCCUAGCACACCUCUCCAUAAUCGGGAAUAGUCCUGACCUUCGCUCAAUUGGUCCUACUUUCACCAGCUGAGUACAGGGCACCUAUUGGUCCCUCCAAACCUGGAAAGGGCUUUUAUAUAUUUCACAAGCACUCAAUACAAUUCAGUGAACCACUUGCUCAUUGCAUUUAGGAAAAAAAAUAUGAACAGACAAAAAAAAAUCAGACUCAGUUCAGGUCAUGGACUGUGACCGGGAUCAAUAGAUGGCUCUCCUGCACUUCCUUGCUCAUUCAAAGAAUCAGAACUAACAGAAACCACAAUAUAAUGGGAUGUCAAGUAUUAUCUUUCUGUUUGUUUAUUUUUGUGUGCGUGUACCAUUUUCUUUCUAAAACAGCCUUCCUUCACUUACGUAUAUCUGAUUUCAAAAAAGAAAUAGAGAAUGAGAGACAAGCAGCCGUGAUGAAUCCUGUCAGAUCCCUUAUUAUCAGCCUGGCUGCUUGUUUGCUGCUCCAGAACACAAAAAUGAGAAAAAGACAGUGCUACCCAGUCUCUGCAACAGCAAGGGUGACAGUACCA